UAACAACUUCGAAGCGGACUGAGAAAAUGACAACAAACGAUGCGCUGGUCUGGAUAGACUGUGAGAUGACGGGUCUUGACCCGGAUCGUGAGGAGAUCAUUGAGAUCUUCUGCAUCAUCACCAAUGGCCAACUUGAGGUUAUGGACGAAGCUGGCUGGGGUACAGUGAUCCACCAGAGCAAGGAGAGGAUGGACCAAAUGGACGAAUGGUGCAUCAAGACUCACAAGAAGAGCGGCUUGACGGCUGCUGUUAUUGCCUCGACUGUAACGCCAGAGCAGGCGGCUGACGAGCUCCUCGCCUACAUUCAGAAAUACGUGCCGGAGAGACGAGCUAUACUUGCUGGCAACAGUGUGCACGCCGACCGGGCUUUUCUUAGGAAGGAGCCGUACAAGAAGGUGACCAGGCACUUGCAUCAUCGCAUCUUAGAUGUCAGCAGUCUCAAAGAGGCGGCGAAACGAUGGUGCCCACCAGAGGUAGCGCAGAAGGCACCUAUGAAAAGAGGUCUACAUCAGGCCAAGGACGACAUCUUGGAGAGCAUCGAGGAAGCCAGGUACUACAAGGAAGUCAUCUUCCAAAAGAAAGCUUGAGGUCGUAUCUCGGAAGAGAGCUGGAGCUACAGCUGAAUACUAGACAGGUUGUUGCAUGAGCUGAUAGUGUCGCAUGGCGGCUGGGCUACAUGAAAUAGUUGCAAAUAGAAUCCGCUCUAUUGCUUUGGGGAGCUCGCGUCAAUCGAAUCAGUGUCCGUAUGUCAGUGACACGAAAACAAGGUAAAUUAGAGCCGACAUGGGGUCUGUCUCCUUGCCUGCUUGCGUCGCACCACAACUCCCAUAUUUGAAGGCAAUAUCAGAAAACAACGGGAUCCAGGUGUAUGUAUCUCAAGGCCGCCGCGACAACCCCCUCCAGUCUUCCGUGGCGUUAUUAUGCAAGGUGCACGCAAUGGCAGAAGGUCGCAGAAUUAUUCGCCGCCACGUCCUUCGCCCAUGAGGUCACUCCACUACUUACC